UAUCACGUGACAAAUGGCGUCGAAUAGUGCUUGUUAAAAAAUAUUUUGUAAAUAAAUCCAUUUUUCAGCAAGUAGCUAUUCUAAAUAUUAAUCAUGGGAAGAAGAUCUAUAAAUACCACGAAAAGUGGAAAAUAUAUGAACCCAACUGAUCAAUUCAGAAAGGAAGCAAGAAAAAGGGAGUUAAAAAAGAAUAAAAAACAGAGAUUUCUGGUGAGACAUGCAGUGUUAAAAGGAAAGGAUCCCAUGAAGUUGUUACAAGAAAUGGAAGUGAUAGAUAAAAUGGAGUAUAAUCCUAUUGAAGCCCCAUCACUAAAUGAAAAGGUUCUUCGUGAUAAAAGGAAAAAAUUAUUGGAGACAUUUGUCAGAGUUUUGCGAUUGUAUGAUAAAGAAAAUCCCGAGUAUUGUAUUGAGUUAAAGAAAGCACAAGCAGAAUAUGAAAAGAAACGCCUACAGAUGCAUUUAUACUAUGAACAGGUAAAAAGUGCAGAGAGAGUACAACUAAAUGAAAUUCCUCUACCCGAUGCCCCAGUUGAACCCAGUGAAGCACCAGGUAUGAUUCCACUACCAAAUGAAAUUCCUUUACCAGGUAUCGGAGGCAAAUCAAUAACAGGAAUAUUAAAGAAAAGUUCAGCGUAUGGACCUGGUAAUCUCUAUAACACAUCUUUCAUGGAUAAUCUGAAAUUAAAACGAAAACAGAAACCCCCAGGUCCUCCUCCCGGUCCUCCUCCUGAACUAAGUGACAGUGAAGAUGAAGAAUAUGACCCAGAAAAAGCUAUAGAAGCAGUAGUUGAAGCACCUGUACAUACUAUAGCUGUACCACCACCAUCAGUUAUCCCUGUACCAUCAUCUAUAGAACUUCCACCACCUGUUUCAUUAGAUAAAGCUAAACCCCGUAAAAUCCGUUUUGCUGAUGGUCGUGAAGAAGAUGACAGUGAGAAGGAUACCAGAUUAACGUUUAAAAAUAAAAAAGGUGGUGGUGUUACUCCAUUACAAGCAAAAAUGUUACAACUAGCUGGUCAAGAUCCAACAAAAUUCGAAAAAUCUGGUCGGAAAAGACGCCAUUCGUCAGAUGAAGAUGAUUCUGACGAUGAAGAAGUUAUAUCCUCACAUAGUGAUGCUACAACAAAUAAACAACAUUCUAUGGAAGAUAUUCGACCUCCCGGUGUUGAUGAUGACAGUGAUGAAGAGAAGGAACCGUCCAAAGACCCUAAACCAUCUGGUCCCCCAGGAGCUCCGCCAGGUGCUCCACCCGGUCUACCACCAGGUGCUCCCCCCGGCCUACCACCAGGUGUUCCUCCAGGUCCUCCUCCAGGAGCUCCUCCAAUGUUCAUGCGACCUCCACCAUUACGUGGUGGUGUGCCUGGAGCUCCACCAAGACUGCUACCACCAGGUCCUCCUCCAGGUCGACCUCAUGGAUUACCACCUGGCCCUCCACCAGGAUUACCUCCCAGUUUACGAGGUUUACCACCCAGGUUACCACCUGCACCGCCAGGUGUACCUCCAAGAAUGUUACGUCCUCCUGGUGGACCACUUGGUAUUCCAUUACCUGGAGGACCACCACCACCUCACAUGAUGAUGCAUCCAAAUAAUCCUAAUGUACUCAGUGCACCACCCAGUAUCAUGAAAUUACCACAGAAAAUGCACGAUGAAGACAAGUCUCAUAUGGCAACUAUUGAAGCUAAACCUCAGAUUAAAAAUGUUAUGGGUGAUGUAACACGAUUUAUGCCUACAGCACUGAAAAUUAAACGUAUUGGUAAAGACCAGAGAGGAAGAUUAAAGGCGCCAAGUAACGAAGACAACAAACGUGUAUUGGGUAGUCAUGCAAUACCUACUCCACUUGUUGCUACACAAACUAAAACUAAAGAUGAUGCUUAUGAUCAGUUUAUGAAAGAAAUGGCAGGUUUAUUAUGAGAACAGGUUUCAACAGAGCAGAGGAUGAUUUAGUGUCGGAGAACAGGACACUCUAAAAAUAAAUCUUAUUAUGGUAAACAAUCUGUGGAUGUCUAAUAUAAUUUUUGUGAUUUGUAAAAAAGAAAAGAUAAAUUCUAAAUUUUAAUGUCAUAAAAAGAUACUAUAAAACAGCCAUGGAGAUUUGUAUUACAAGAUUUAUUAUGAUAUUUUAACGUUGCCAUGGUUUUAUUUAAUUUAAAUAUUGAAAUAGACCUACCCGUGAAAACAGUAUGUUACUGUAUGAGAAUGAAGUAUGAAAGAUUUAUUGAGUUUAAUAAUAUUUGUAUAUGUACAUAAUAAAAUAUUAAAUAAAUGUAAUAUCUCUGUACUAUUAGA